AUGAAAACCAACAGACAUAUCACCGCCAGAGAUCCAAUCUGCGCGGGUGCCGCUGCCCUUGCUUACUCGAUGGAGCAGGUGGCCGGGCCAACCACGGCCACUUCUGUCUUCUCAAUUCACGCCGAGACAGGCCGUGUCUGCUUGGCCGAUCGUCUUGACUCAGCUGAGCGUCAGCUGGACGGACGGUUUAUUGCGGAUGCUACCACUCCUCCGUCCCACGAAUACCUACUUCGCGUGACAGUGGAGGACCAGUGUACGACUUGCUAUAACCAUCCAAGUCUAGACAAGUUUAUUUGUCGCACCAAUCAUAUUUUGUUCUGCCAAGAGUCCCUUACUCCUAUCGUUCGACUCCUUCGAUUGUGA